AAUUUAUACCAAAUCAAACUACAAACAUUGAGAUUUGAGCCUUGAGGAGCCCAAAUGCGCAUAACCGUCGCACAUUGGCGCCCAAACCGUCGCGUUCCCCAUUGUUGUACCCCGUGCGCGUGCGUUUUCCUCGCGAGUCUCUUAAUUUAGAAGUUUUCUAUAAUUCGUUAGUGUGUUCUCUCGUCGUGUGAUCAUUGAUCAUGUCGCUCUCAAUCUUUUAAAUCUUGUGUAGCGGAUAAUUUGUUUUAUUCGUUUUUCGCCACUGUCGGUGGUGAGACAUAAGCAUCAGCGAAGUCCAAUCACACCCCGUAUCAGUCGCCUGUAAUAAUACAAUGGAGAGCCGAAAAUCAAUAAAAACCUACUAUGGUUUUUUAUUAGUAAAAAAAAGUAGUGGCACAAUUUGUGGACGUUUUCCAUUAACAAAAAAGGAAUGCAUUUUAGGUCGUGAUAAUAAGUGUGAUAUAAGGAUUCUUUUAGAAAAAGUGUCAGCUCAACAAUGUAGUAUAUUAUGUAUUGAUAAUAAAGCAUAUGUUCGUGACACCAGUAUUGCUGGUUCAACCAAAGUAAAUGGGAAGAAAGUUGGCAGGAGUAAUUUUUUAUUGCAUGAUUCAGAUGAAAUUGAAAUUUGUGAGAGAAAAUUUGUAUGGGAAUAUCCUAAGAAGCCACAUGGAGAAUUAAAUAAUUUAUCUUGCAAAAAGUCUGGGAUAAGAAAUGAUCAUUUAUCACCAAGAGUACCAGAACGUUUUUCAAACCAAAUCAUCACACCAUUGGACAACAACAAAUUUGCAACUUCAUCUAAGAGCAGCAUGAAAACUCCCUCAAAAACAAUAAUAAGCUUAAAUAAAACACCAAUAGUUGUCGCCACAGAAAAUAUGUCUAAAUCUUCAUUCGAUAAAGUGCAGAAUAAUUUUCAGAACCAAAAUUCAACUACAACUGCUCAACCUGGAUCUAAACCUAUGAAAUUACAUUCAAUGACUCCUGUCCGAAAUAUACCGCUUCUCAGAGAUUCUAAAUCUACUCCAAGAAAAUCAUGGAUUGUUACUAAUACUUCAGACAAUUUAUCUUCAAUUGGAGCUCAUAACAGAUUAUCUACUCAAAGAUUAAAGAGAGAUUCUACACCUGAGUUAAAUUCUAGUUAUCAUUAUGAAGAUGAAGAUGUAGAAUUUGAUUCCCCAGAUCCACCAACCCCUGUGUUGGAUAGUGAACAAUCUGUUGAUAUAAAUAUUCAUGAUAUUGUUGAUAACGAUUUACCCAUUGAUAACCAAUUAGAAUUGAAUGAUCAAGAUAAUGAUAACUUACAAUCUAAUACAGAUAACAUAAAUAAGUUAACAGUUUCUGAACUUGAACCAAGCACAUCUAGAAGAGAUACAUACUCUAUUGAUAAUAGAUCUAUAGUGAUUGAAGAAAAUACUACACCUGCACCAAGGCGUUCUAUUUUAAAGUGUUCAAAAACCACUAAACCUAAUCGAUCACGAUCAAGCUGUCGAAUGGUUCAGUUUGCUCGUUUACCAAAAACUGAUAGUAAAAUUAAAAGUACAAAGUCUCGUUUAAAUUCAGGAUUUAAUUUUAUUGUUACAGACGAUGAAAAUAAUUUGAUUGAUUCUAAUCAAAGUACUAAAAAUUCUUUACAGUUUGAUGUUGAAGAAUAUGAUGAUGAUUUAGAUGGUGUGCAGCCGCUAGAUAUUAGUGUUUCAUCUCUAAUUAAUUCACCAAUUUUAGAAAAUAGUAUUAAGUCAUCAAAACGUGGAUCAAGAGGUAAUAAAGUAAUGAGUCUUGUUAAUUCUAUUGAGAAGCGUACCAAUGAAUCUCCUAAGCAUAGUAUUCGAGCAUCUGAUUUGUUAAGCAUGAAUGGAUCAAAACAUACAGAGACAUUGUCUAAUAAUAACUCACCAAAUAAUGCAAAUUUAUUACAAGAAUCAGUUUCUUCAUCAAGGCGAAUUAAUUUAGAAGAUAUUUUUGAAGCCGAAGAUUCACUAAAAACUACUUGUAAUAUUGAAAAUGAAACUAAGAAAAGUCCAGUAAAAAAUGUUGAAAUAGUGUCAAGUCCUAAAAAAAAUUUGUUAAAUAUUACUGACACAGAAACAAUACCAGUUGAUGCUGCUACUGAAGACGAAUCUGUAAAUGAUAUAAAUGAUCUUGAAGGUGAAUACGCUUUUGCUCCACCAUUAAAUCUUCCUUCAAUGAAUUCUAGUUCGAUUACAGUAAAUGAUAGUAAUUUAACCUUUGUUGGUACUGAAAAGAAUUCUAAUUCUACUAAAAUAAUUAAUCAGCUUGAUACAAAUUCAAAACUUGACAACAGUACAGAAGACUGUACAACAUCUAUAAAUGAAUUUCUAAUGAAAUCUGAUAAUAUUGAAAGUCUUGUAUCGCCAAAUAAUGAUACUAUAGAUGAAACUCAACAUGACAACUCCAAUCAUUCAAAAAAUUCUAUGGAUGAAAAAAUGUGUACCAUUGAUAUUGAAACACCAAAUAAUAUUACUGAAUCUUCUAAAAUAGUUAACCCGAAAGAAAAAGAACAUAGUCUUAAACAAAAAGAUGAUUCUGAAUUUGUUGAUGAUAAGUGUAAUAAUGAAGUCUCAACAUCAAAAAAUGAUGUUCAAUUUGCUGAAAAGGUUAAACCUUUAAAGGACGAACUUAAUCCAAAACAAAAUGAUACUGUAAAACUUAUCAAUAAAUCUUCUGAUUUGAAUUUUGAUCAAAUAGAUAAACAAAGUUAUGUUUCAAAAGCUGUUGAACAAACUCUUAAUGGUGAAACUCCAUCUAUAGUAGUUCAAAGUAUGUCUGAAAUGUUUAAUGCGAGUAUUGAUGAACACGAAACAACACAUUCACAACAUAAAGAAAGUCUUGUAGAAACUUAUAUACUUGUGGGAAAAGAUAAUCUACAAAAUUCAUUAGAAAUAAAUGAAGUAAAUAUUGACAAAUGUAAUAAGAAAUUGAGUGAUAAAAGUGUUUCAUCAAAUGAUCCUUUAAACAAUAGCAUUAUAAAUGCUAUUGAGGUGCAGCUUGAUAAAAUACACACUGAAAUUAAUAGAAACUCUAAUUGUAAUGAAAAUAAAACUAUUGUAGAUUCGGCAUUAACUUUAAAUAAACAGAAAACAUUAACAUCAAAUUUGGUUCUUGAAGAAACAGAUACUGAAAAUCCUACUUUGAAAAUAAAUGAUCAUCUAUCAAAUAAUUCAUCAAAUACAUUAACAGUUAAUGAAUCCACAGAAAUUAUAUCUAAUUCAGUAUCCAUACUAAAAUCUCCAGCAAAGGAUAAUGUUGGUAACUGUUGUUUAACCAAUGUUAACAAUUCUAAUGUUUCUGAAUCCUCCACCAAAACUGCAGUUGAUGAACCUAAUUGUGUGCAGAAUAUAAAUGCAAGUAACGAAGAAUCAAAUAGCUUAACAAAAACUAUACCCUCAGACAAUCUUUCUAAAAAGAAUAUUUCUUUAAAAUCAACUAAAAAAAUUACCAUCAAUUUAGAUCAAUUAAAAACUGCUCUUGGUGCAAAUAAUUCUAAAGAAUCAAGAAAAUCUUUCCGAUCACCAAUAAAAGAGUCUAUUACACCUGAACUUCGUAAAAUUAAUUCGACUAAAAAGACUAUUGCAGAACUUAUUGAUUUAUCAUCAUCUAGUGAUGAAAAUGAAAAUGACCAAGACAAAAAUUUAGAUCAUUCAUUAGUUACAUCUAUUGGUAGACCUAGGUAUGAAUCUACCCCUUGGAAUUGGUCUAAAAGUUCUAAAACCCCUUUUAAUUCUACUACAAGUGUACAACCUAAUGAGACCACAAAAGAUAAUUUUGCUGAAAACGAAAAUAGAUGUAGGGAUUCUACUCCUACUAAUCUAUCGGAUGAUGAAAAUCAGCUUCAAGGAUGGUCACAAAUGAUGAAAGACUUCAAUGAAUCUGUUAAAAAAGCUUCUGUUAAUUUUAACGUAAAUAUUAAUAUAACAGGUAAACAUAAAAAAAAAUUAUUUGUUAUAAAUUCUAAAGACUCAAAUAUUAAGAACGAUAUAUCAGAAAUUAAAAAAAAAAAUAGUUCACAGGAUUCAAUCUCAUCAAUUAUGUCUCAUAAUAUUUCAAAUGAGUCUGUUCAGGUUAUAAAACCUAUAAGAAAUGAAUCUGCUCAACUUAGAAGAUCUGUGUUGAGCGAUAAAAGAAGAUCUAAUAGAUCUACUAAAAUCCAAACUAGCCUCAUUGACAAUUAUGAUUCAGCAGAAAAUAGCAAUACUAAUGAAAAAAUAUUGCCUAGAAAAAAUAAUUCUAUUGUUAAUAAGAUUGACAGUGGAACUGUUCAAGCUAACUCUAACUGUUCAACAAAAAGUACAUCUAUAAUUUCUACAUCAAAAAGUGAUAAUUAUGCUACUACUUCAAGCUCAUCAAAAGAAAAUUCAUAUGCAUGUAGCCAAACUAAAAAAAUAACAACAAAUCAGAAUAGUAGUUUUAACUCAUCAUCACCUUCAACGAGUGUGAACAAAAUUGAGUCAAAUAGUUUAAUGAAAAAAUAUGGUAAAGUACCAACAUUGGCUACCAAACUGUCACUAUCAACUUGCAAUAAUGAAACAUCUUCUUCUUCAAGUUCUCCAAAUGAAACACAAACAUUUGAAAGAGAAUUGCGUAGGAGAAAACUUAAUAAUUGUACUUCUAAUAAUGCAUUAUCUGAAUCAAAUAAAUUGAAUUUAGAUAAAAAAAAUAAAAUGUCACGUGUAGUUAGAUCAAAAUCUACCAAAAAUUCUAAAACUGUUAAAACAAAGAAAUCCACAAAUUUAAAAACUAAUAAGAAUUCCCGGUCAAAACGUCUCUUACCUUCUAAACCAAUUAAAACUAGUUCAAAAGAUUCUUCUGAGUAUGAAUCGUCAAAUGAAACUGAAGAGAGCACCCAGAAAGUACAAUCAGUUGAUUCAUCUAAAUCAAUCAAAGAAAAAACCAAGAAGAAAGAUGUUCAAAUUGAUAAUAAUUUACUCUCAUUACCUACUAGACGUAGUCAAAGAGGAAAAAUUAAAAUGUCAGAUGUUUCAAUACAACCAAGAACACUAAGUCGCAAACGUGCAGCUAUUAUGUCGCCCUUAACUCAAAAUAGUAAAGACAAAAAAAAGGUUAUUUUAUCCAAAGCAUUAGCAAGUCCAGUUUCUCAGACUCCAAACUCUCCAAAGAAUCCAAGUUAUGCUCUACGUAGGCAAAAUUCAACAGUUAAUCAAAUUCCUGAUAAAUCUCUACCUGAAACUACAAAGAAAUCUUCAAGUUUAAGAAUUUUAAGAACUAAUAAAAAUGCUCAACUUAACCAUCUCUUACCAUCAAAACCUAUUAAAACAAGUACAAAAGAUUCUUUGGAGUGUGAAAUCUUCACUAAAACUGAAGAAAAUGAUCAAAAUCCCCAAUUAAUUAAUUCUUCAUCUAAGUCUACCAAAGAAAAAACUAAAAAGAAAGAUAUUACUGUUGAUAACAAUUUAUCUUCAUUGUCAACUAAACGUAAUCUAAGGGAUAAAAAUAAGACUUCAGAUGUUUCAUUGCAGCCACCAAAAACACAAAGCCGCAAACGUGCAGCUGAUACAUCACCUUUGCCUCAGCCCAAUGCUAAAGGCAAAAAAUGUGAUAUUUUAUCCAAAGCUGCAAGCACAGUUUCACGUACUUCAAACUCUCCAAAUAUACGUACUCGAAAUAUGUCCAAAACAUCUAUUAAACAAACUUCUGAUAAUUCUUUUCCUGAAACUAUAAUAGUUAGUAAAAAAGAAAAGAAAAUAUCAAAUGAAAAAGUAAAACCAAAAUCCAAUGAAAACACUCGAGCUAAAAAACGUCAACUAAAUUCUGAUAAUUGUUCAUUUGACUCUGCUCCAUCUACUCGUAAAAAGAUUAGACAAGUAACUUUCAGAGGAGGAGAAAGUGAAAAUAAAAAAUCUGAUUCAUCUACUCGCUCAACUUCUAAACUUAAAAUUCAGAAUACAGAUACUUCUACUGAGCCUAUUGCAUCUCUCAACAUUAAGAACAACAAAAAUGCUAAAAAGUCAAUUUCACCUGUACAAAGAAAAACAAGAAAUACUGAAAAGUCAAUUUCGCCUAUUCAAAGAAAAACAAGAAAAGCAAAACAAGUCGCUCAAAAAGAUAAAGAGACAAUUAUUUCUCCUCGAGUUUUAAGAGUCAGAGAGAAGAAAAAGUAAAAAAAAAAAAAAUAUAUUCAUGAAUAACUUUAUUUAUUUGUAUCUUUUAUAUAUAUAUUUUUUUUUUGUAUUGUUUAAGUUAAUUUUAAUUGUGUUACUAAAUUGACGUUUUUCUUAAGUAAAGUUUUUUUUUUUUUUUUUAAUAUAUUCACUGUAUAGAUUAGAAAUUAAUAUGAUUGUUCUUUUUUUUUUAUUAUCAUUAUUAUUAUUAUUAUUAUUAAUAUAAUUAAGUGCUAAGCUAUACAAGCAUCUAUAAUUUUCUGCAAUUUAAUGUAGAUAAACUAUUGUGUCAAUCAUUGGCUUGGUUAAUUGUAUUUCAUUAAAUUGUGUAUUAUUCCGUUGAUUCAUAAAACAGUUGAUUAUGUAAUUAAUUAUAUACUAAAUGUCAACAGUAUGUUUAAAUUUUUUUUACUAGGCAAUUUGGAAUUUUUUUUUUCAAAAAAAAUUUAGUUAGUACUUAAAACUAAAUACUGGUUAUGUUUAUGAAUAGAAUUUUUUGAUAAACCAAUAAUUUAAAUGUAUUUAUCAUUUAUGUUAAUAAAAAUAGGAACCAAUGGAACUGAAAUUUUGAAUUUCGAUAGAAUUACCUAAGUAACUUCCAGUUAUACCUAUAAAAUUUUGUUCUAAUUGAGUUUUUAACUCAAAAAAUGUUUUUAACAUUUUCAAAUCAUAAAUGAACUGUGGUUAAAUUAAAUUAAAUAUGUAAUUUUUUAAAUUACAAAUUUAAGAAAUGAGAUAAGUUUCAAAUACAGGUGUACUUGUGGCUGACUGCAAGUACUUGAGAAUAAACAUAAUUCUAGUAUGGACCUAUUCUCUAUUAGAUCAAUGUAAGAUUGUAUAUUAUAUAGAAAAUGUAUGUGAUGGAGCUUAUUGAUUUAAAGACCACAGAACCAGUUUUGCACCAAACUUACAUACAUAUUACUCGAAUCUCAAUGAGUAUUUAUAACUUUUUAACCCAUUUAUUUAACCUUAUAUAAGUUACUAUAUGUCAACUCGCACAGAAUUUCGUUUUGUCUCCCAAAUCUUAUUUUUUUUUUCAUAUAUAUAUACAUCACAAAUAAAUAUAUUAGCAUUAAGUACGAAAAAAAGAGGCUUUUGUAUAAUCUUUACUUGAUAGUUUGUAAACAUGAAUAAUAUACAUUUACGUAAGUGUAUAGCUUACAUAAAAAUCUGCUCAAAAACUAUCCUACAGAUUUUAAUGAACAUUUAUGCAUUGUUUAUUCGUGUAUAAUGUAUUCUACAAAUCUAAAGUUAUUACCAGUAAAAUUUAUAUCUAUUAGUAGUGAAUAGACUGAAAUUAAUUUUACUUUA